AUGUCGGACAUCGACCACGGAAUGCAAAUUGGGGAAGAAUGGCUCAAGACGUGGAUCUGUCUGAGCUUUCUCUUCGCCUGGGUACGUGCAGCACGUCCGCGUUUCGAUGUCUCAACAGACAUGGGGAUGGUCCUGGUUCCCGCGGAUGCCGAAGUCGAUACUGUUAUUUUUCGGCUUCGUGCCACAGAUCAAGACACCGACUUUCCCCUAAUUUUCGAGAUCAUCGGAACGACAACCUCACCGAUCGUACGCGUGGAAAAUCUGCCCUGCACCCUAUACAACAAGGUCUGCCAGGCGAACGUCAUCCUGACGCGACGCCUCGUGGCAGGUAGACUCCACGACUUCGUGGUGAGGGUGAGGGAUUCGAAAGGUGACGUUAAUUCGAUGCAGGCCACGAUCUCCGUCACCAAUUCGACCACGCCCCGCGACAAGAUCUUCCCUCAUGUACCGUCCUUGAUUAUGGUGCCGGAGGAUACGAAACCGGAAAAGGAGCUAGAUUACCUUCUCGUUGAAUCGAAUCCAUGGAGCGGAAAACCAGUAUAUAUAGAGCUAUGGCAACCGAAAGAAUUAUUCAAAAUUAGACAAAGGCAGAUGGGAAGUCAAACAAAAGGAAUAAUCACUCUUAUAGGAGAAUUAGAUUUUGAAACUCAGUCAAUGUAUACUCUCACCAUGUAUGCUACGGAUCCAUAUACACAACCGGGCAAGGACACACGUAACAUUGCGGGUCUCCAUGUCGUCGUAAUAGUUCAAGAUGUGCAGGAUGUGCCGCCAGUUUUUACACUGGCACCGCCCUUAACUAAAAUUAACAAUUCCAUAAAAUCUGGUGACCUGAUUUUGCGAGUACACGCCGAAGACGGCGAUAAAGGAGUUCCAAGGGAAGUCACGUAUGGCCUCAUCUCGGAAGGCAAUCCAUUCACGCCGUUUUUUAAUGUUUCCGAGACCACAGGUGAAAUAAUUCUUGUUAAACCACUUGAAGAGUUGACGAAAAUUACGCACGUUGGUGCACCAAUAGUACUGAAAAUCGUUGCCGAAGAAAUCCGAUCUACGAGAGAUGAACCACCAGCUCAGGCAACCGUAGUUGAGCUUGGACUUCUUCUAGGAGAGCCAGUAAAUAGCCCACCAUAUUUUGAGAACGAUAAUUAUAUAGCACGGUUAAAUGAAAAUGCUGAGCCUGGAACAAUGAUUAAUUUUUCCGAUGAUUAUUCAACUCGAGUUAAAGAUGAAGAUAUUGGCAAAGCAGGUGUAUUUGCUUUGAAAUUAGAAAACAAUAAUGGAACUUUUGAAAUUAGUCCAACCGUAGCGGAAAGAAAUGCGAAUUUCUUUAUAAUGGUCCGCGAUAAUACCUUCAUCGAUUAUGAAAAAUCCACGACUCUUCGUUUUAAGAUCGUAGCACAAGAAGUUGGGCCUGCGACUAAUUUAUCAACGUCCGUGCCAGUAACAAUUUUCUUAAGUGAUGUUAAUGAUAAUAAUCCCAGUUUUGAUAGUCCAGUUUAUAAUGUAACAUUAUCGGAGAAUACAAAUGCUGGUACAAGAGUCGUGCAGGUUCAUGCGACGGACAAGGAUACCGGAGACCUCGGCAAGAUUCAAUACACUAAGAUCAUAGGUGACGGGAGCGAAGCCUUCGUUAUGAAUCCGGAGAAUGGAGUAGUGACGGUGUCGAUGGGCACUGUUCUUGAUCGGGAACUGACGCCAAGACUCGAAUUGAUUGUGGAAGCGAGGGAUGAGGAUGGGCGGGGCUUACGUGGUACCGCCACUCUAAUUGUUAAUAUCCUGGACGUGAAUGACAAUCCGCCGCUUUUCGAAAAAGGAAUCUAUGAAUUUUUGCUGAAUUCCGAAUUGACGAAUUUCACUGCGCCUGCAUUUAUUAAAGCUCUGGAUACCGAUACCGAAUCUCCCAAUAAUAUAGUGCAAUACGAAAUUGUCCACGGUAAUUACGAAAAUAAGUUUCAAUUAAACGAGAUAACCGGGGAAUUAAUGGUUUGUGAAGGAAUUAACAAAUCCCGAAAAGAAGAUUUGGACUUACAGAAUCAGAAUCGCUCAAGACGAGCUGAAGAUAAUAAUCCUCUCUUCAUCUUAACUGCAAGAGCUUAUGAUUUAGGUGUCCCACAUCUCUCUACUACUACGCAAAUUCGCAUAAUACAACCGAUGUCCGCUUUCGCUCGUAUCGUAAUGUUCGUAAUGCCAGGUGAAAAUCCUGACCCAAGAAAAACUGCCGAAACUUUGGCAACGAUCACCGGCAGUCGAGUUAUUAUUCAGGAAAUCAAGCCAUAUAUUUCCCAAAUAAAUCCUAGCAGCAGUUCGGAUAUAGGAAAAAGAAGCGUCGUUGUAGCUCGAGUAGAACAAAACGGUCCUGGCACAUUGGUCGACGUAGACAAAAUUCGAGCAUCACUGACUGCAAACGGAUUUGGUAUAAUUAGUGGAAUGGAUAAUGUAGGAGCCGAUAAUAUAGCUAGUCAAGCUACUAAUGACAAUACCAGUAUUAGUUAUACGGGGAGAAAUAAUACUAAAAAUAACUCAAUUAUUGAUUCGACCACCGAAGAUGUUACAGUUUAUAAAGCUGAAAAUAAAUUAUUAACGUGGCUACUAGUUAUAUGUGGGUUACUACUUCUUGCUGCCAUAAUUACAUUAAUUAUCUGCUGUAUUUGUCCAAAUUGUCCAUUUUACAUGGAACCACGUAAGCGACGAAUCCAUUCUUCUGAAACACUUCUAGUUCAUUCGGAUGGCAGACCUAAAAGACAUUUACAUCGUAAGCCUAUGAAAGUGGCAGAUGGAUAUUACGCGGAGCGCAAGGAGGCUUGGAGCGCAGACCCGGAACGUCACUACUGGCAGUUCAAUCGGCGCAACACAAAAAAUCUCGGGAUCGCCUCCCUUCCCGGCGACAUCGCGCCCGGCUAUCGCAACCCCGAGAUUGAGCGUCUACGUCGCGCGGCCUCCCUACGACUACGGGACGACGUAUCCGCUAACCAGAUCGCGCCGUUCACCGAGCAGGUGCUCCUGCGAACCCGUGCGACUACUCUUGCACCCCCAAGCGAGCGCAUCUACGUGGAAGACGUGGAGACGGUAAAUCGCGAUUACGAGCAGGAGGAGCUCGAAUCUUUCAGGAAACACGAGCUGGAACGUGACAGCAUGGGAGUCCCGAGUAAUGAGGCGAUCCAACCAGGACACGAGAGACUGCGGGAGCAACACUUUUACAGGGAUGGUAAUGCCGAGGUGCUAAGGCUCAUCACCAGAGGCGACAUCGAGGAUCAUAAAAACUUUGCCGAUGUAGCGCUGAAAACGGACAUUCAAAGGCUGAUCGUCGGGCAUAAUUACAAAUCCAAAGAUUUCAAUGAUAAUGGGAGCGACGAGUAUCGAAGUCGAGGAGUCUUAAAGGCGUCAAUGAGAGAUGAGGAAUUGGCAACCGGAGAGAUGACAAAGGGUCCAGACAAAGCCGCGUACGUGAUGCACGAUGUCGAAUUAGUUAGGCAAAAUGCCCUGCUAACGAGACUCUUAUUAGAGAAGGAAGCGAAGGGCUUGAAUGUACCAAUAAUCGACAGCUCGAGUUUCCUCGAAACCCAAAGCCUUCCAGGGCAUGUCGCAAUAGCUACUCAAACGGACAGGACGACUGCAACGCAAACAGAAUUUUUCGGUCGAAGUAGAAGCGACAACGAAGAACUCGAAGAGGAUCAACGAAUACGUCGAAAAUCAAAGCAGAAAGAGCGAGUCGAAACAAAGGAGGAUUUUAAGAAAUUGAAGACAAUUUGGGUCAGAACACCGAUACCGGAGGAAAUUCGAACUCAAAGCGGAAACAAAAUAAGCACCCCUACGAGAACGAAAAUUGAAGUGACGGAGAGCUGCAAAGUUUCGAUUUCACCAGAUGCCUUAAAAGAAAUCUCUAGUUCACUAAAAUCUAGCGAAUCGGGCGGCAAUGAAGAGGAUGAUGACGAAGUUUUAGGGAAAGGGACCAAAGUCAAGCCGGAUUUAAUGCAAAAAGUACAUAAAUUAACUUCGAAAGCAGUUUGUCUGAGUAAGAAGAAAGUAAAAGAAACAAAGGCAGACAACGACUCAACUACUGCUUCACCGGAAGUAAAGGAAAAAAAUACGUUAUUGAAAAGCAAAAUUCGAAAGAAAAUGGAAAAGACGCCAAAGUCAAAAAAGUUAGAAAAGAACAUGGAAUUUGAGAAGAAUAACUUUAUGGAACCGAGCUUUCGUAUUUUAGAAAAAGAAAUCAGUAGCUUCCAGAAAAAAAUUCGAGAAUUCGGCGAUAAGAAAUUAAAGAUAAUUAAAAGGGAUAGCGAUAAAACGGAUAAAGAAUGUAAAUCCGACGAUGGACCUGCUUAUGACUUAUCAAAAAAAUGCGAAAUUACUGUCAAGCAAAUAAAAAAAAAUUUCAGCAAACAGAAGCAAACCAACGCUCCGAAGAAGCAAAAGUCACAAUCAUUAGAGAAAAAAAGUAUACGAAAUCAAAGACUUACGACGAAUCUUCUGAAUCGACAAUCAGGAAUUGUUGAAAUGAAAAAAAAAGUUCCCUCGUUAGAAUCGAAAACUAUCGAAGAAUUACGAAAAAGAAUGAUGAAGAGAGAUGAAAAGUUAGAUAUAAAUAAAACGUCGACAAGCGACGAUAGCAAAGCGACAUCACCAUCAAAAACUGAAACAUCAACAGUUGUAGAUUUCGAUAAAUUAGUUGAAGAAGUAAAUGACGCUGCGGAGAAAGAAAUAUCUUUACUUACUCAAGUAACACAAAAGAUCAUUAAUGGUAAAAAAACUGAUGAUACUAAACUGUCGAGCAGUAUUUGA